AUGGGUCUCAGCAUCAGCAAGCUGUUCGACAGGCUGUGGGGGAAGAAGGAGAUGAGAAUUUUGAUGGUCGGUCUCGAUGCCGCCGGUAAAACCACGAUUCUGUACAAGCUGAAGCUCGGCGAGAUCGUCACCACCAUUCCUACCAUCGGCUUCAACGUCGAGACGGUUGAGUACAAGAACAUCCAGUUCACCGUGUGGGAUGUGGGUGGUCAGGACAAGAUCCGUCCCCUGUGGAGACAUUACUUCCAGAACACCCAAGGUAUCAUCUUCGUCGUCGACUCGAACGAUCGCGACCGUAUCGUGGAGGCACGCGAGGAGCUGCAGCGCAUGCUGAACGAGGAUGAGCUGCGGGAUGCUAUCUUGCUUGUGUUUGCCAACAAGCAGGAUUUGCCGAAUGCCAUGAACGCUGCCGAGAUCACAGACAAGCUUGGUCUCCACAGCUUGAGACAACGCGCCUGGUACAUCCAAUCGACCUGCGCUACCUCUGGUGACGGUCUCUACGAGGGUCUCGAAUGGCUGGCUAGCACCCUGCGCAAGGCAGGCCACCAGUAA